GGUAAACAGGCAUAAAUUUCAAUGGGGGAAGAAAACCAAACCUUUGUGACUGAGUUUAUCUUCCGUGGUCUUUCACAGGACUUUCAGACACAGAUCCUAUUAUUUAUUCUUUUUCUUAUCAUUUAUCUGUUGACUGUGCUUGGAAAUCUGCUCAUCAUCAUUCUUAUCUUUAUGGAUUCUCGACUCCACACCCCCAUGUACUAUUUUCUUAGAAAUCUCUCUUUUGCAGACCUCUGUUUCUCAACUAGUAUUGUUCCUCAAGUGUUGCUCCACUUCCUGGUAAAAAAGAAAAGUAUUUCUUUUUUCGGAUGUAUGACACAGAUCAUUGUCUUCCUUCUGGUUGGAUGUACGGAGUGUGCCUUGCUAGCCGUGAUGUCCUAUGACCGCUACGUGGCUGUCUGCAAGCCCCUGCACUACUCCACCAUCAUGACCCAACAAGUGUGUCUCCAGCUGGCCAUAGGUUCCUGGGCCAGUGGGGCACUUGUGUCUCUGGUGGAUACCACCUUUACUUUCCAACUUCCCUAUCGAGGAAAAAAUGUCAUUAAUCACUACUUCUGUGAACCACCUGCCCUCCUGAAGCUGGCUUCAGCAAAUACCUACAGCACAGAAAUGGCCAUCUUUGCCAUGGGUGUGGUCAUCCUCUUAGCUCCCGUGUCCCUGAUCCUUGUGUCCUACUGGAAUAUCAUCUCCACUGUGAUUCGGAUGCAGUCAGGGGAAGGGAGACUCAAGGCUUUCUCUACCUGUGGUUCCCAUCUCAUUGUUGUUGUCCUCUUCUACGGGUCAGGAAUAUUCACCUACAUGAGACCAAACUCCAAGACCAUAAAAGAGAGGGAUAAGAUGAUUUCUGUGUUUUAUACAGUGGUGACUCCAAUGCUGAAUCCCAUAAUUUAUAGCCUGAGAAACAAGGAUGUCAAAGGGGCCCUCAAGAAACUACUAGGGAAAAUGUCCUUUUCACAGAGGCAGUGA